AUGGCGGCGGCUCCCGGGCGCUCGUGGGUCCAGGCGCGCAGCGCGUACGGUGCCAGCGAGGCUCUGCGGCGCGCGGGGGCGCGGGGGCGGGACCACGGGCCGCAGCCCAACGGGCCGGUCUCUGAAGAAGUCCGUGCCCCGGGCCGCCUGGCUCGCCUGCGGGGGCAGCUCCGGGCCGAGGCGGCGGCGCGCGCGGACGGGCCCCGGCUGCUGCGGCUGGUGGAGCGCGCGGCGGCCGGGGCCGGGGCCGGCGAGGCGGGGCCGGGAGAGCGGGCCGCCGCGCGCAGCAGCGGGUCCGUGUGCUCGGUGUGCGGGGAGCCGCGCGGCGGGGCCACCUACCCCGCGGGCGUCUUGGAGGUGAGCGAGCGGCGGCUGCAGGAGGGCCUGGCGGCUGUGCGCGCCGAGCUGGGCGCGGGGCUCGAGGCGCUGCGCGCGGAGCUCCGGGCUGAGCUGGAAGCCCUGCGCGCUCUGCUGCCGGCCCCGCCCCCGCCGCUGCCCGCCCGCCGCGAGCCCCGCGCCCCUCUCCGCGCCGCGCCCCGCGGCCAGGCCCUGCUGCGGGCGCUCGGCACCGUGAACGCCCUGACCGCGGUGUCCGGGCCUCCCGACGACGCCCCGAACGGCCCAGCAGACGGAAGCGCGAACCGGGCCCCGGGCCGGAAGAACUUCAAGAAGACGCCGGUGCCGUCCGGGGCCCUGCAGGGCGGCGGGGAUUGAAGGAGACGGAGCCGGGCUGCUCAGAGGCCAGAUUCUGGAGGCGCCGCGGCUGGGCGAGUGGACAGACCCUCCCCUCUCGUGGAGCGGCUUGGAGCGAAUCUCGACACCGCCAAGUCUUGGGGAGAAGGCAGGGCCUACAUGCACUGGAGUAGAGGGUGAGCCCUACGCACCAAGCAACAGACACCAGGAAACCGAGCUGCUGGGACAUUGUCAUCUGGACACAGCAUCACUCAGGACGGCAGCCAGACCCCGGCCAGCUUCACCCCACAGUGACCCGCUCACUGGAGAGGACUGCGUGACAGCACAUCUCUUCAGUGUUCCUUGGGCUCUUAAGUUUUGCUUUGAAUAGUGACACCAAAGGACACUUACACCUUAACUUAGCCUCACCACAGGCAGUCACCUGGACAUGAGUGUCUCCACAAAGUGUCUCCCUACCCUCAGAUGCCAUAGUCUCACUUCCCGGAGUGUUACCUAGACAGCCCCUUCACCAGCUGACCCUCUCACCAAGACACACCCAACCAGUGCAGCAUGUAGCAAAGCCUGGAACCAGCAGCUUCUCUCUGCCUGGCCUUGGGGAAAGUACCUGUAUCAUCAUUUAAUCACACACCUUUCCUUGGGUCAGCUUAUUUUUAAAUAAAAUGUACAAAC